UUUUGUUAUUUCGGGGUUUUUUGUUCAUAAAAUUUGACGUUGGACUAUAGAACGGGGGCGCAAUGCAUUGUAACUUGUAAGAGUAUGAAAGCAAUGAUGGCAGUUUCUCUGAGAUGCGCUUCCACUGCCAGAAACCUUCUCCUUCGAAACACUGCCAAUUUCGGCAAGCUCUCGUUCUUGCGUCAUCAUUUCAGCCCCUUGAAGUCUAUAUUGGAUACUUCAGUUCUUGACACCCGUAGCAGUUGCAAUUAUCCUGUGGCUGUGGUCGAUUUUCUAAGAGAAAGCCGAAGAGGAUUUGCCAAAGGACGAAAGUCAAGAGCUGAUGAUGAUGAUACAAAUACAGUUGAAAUGGUGCCAGAUAUUGGACCUAGUGUUAAGGCAACUGCUCUCUCACAGAUGCAAGCAGCUAUAGAUGCUUUAUCGAGAGAGCUGAGCAAACUGCGGACAGGAAGGGCAUCUGCAGGAAUGCUUGAUCAUAUUAUAAUAGAAACAAGUGGUAUGAAGAUGCCAUUAAAUCAUGUUGCUGUUGUUUCUGUCAUAGAUUCCCAGACUCUCUCAGUAACUCCUUAUGAUCCAAAUGCCCUGAAGGAGUUAGAACAUGCCAUUGUUUCAUCACCCCUAGGUCUAAAUCCAACACUGGAAGGUCAACGAUUGAUUGCAACUAUUCCCCCGUUGACCAAGGAACAUAUUCAGGCCAUGUGUAAGGUGGUUGCCAAAUCAUCUGAAGUUGUUAAGCAGAGUAUACGAAGAGCACGUCAAAAGGCAUUAGAUACAGUAAAGAAAGUAGGAUCAAGUAUCCCAAAGGAUGAUUUGAAAAAAUUGGAGAAAGAGGUUGAUGAAAUGACAAAGAAGUUUGUCAAGUCGGCAGAGGAUAUGUGCAAAGUAAAAGAGAAGGAGAUUAAGGGCAGUUGAGAGCAAUUUCUACAUUAUGGUACUGAUUUAGGAGUUCAUCUCAUGUAGAAUACUUGCUGUUUGAGAAGACGUUGGCCACAAAGUUUUGGUAGUUUGAGAGUAGUGUUUGAUGAUCUUCAGUCUUCUUUUAGAAGCUAACUGGAAUCAGAGGCAGGCGAAGUGGUAAUAUGGCCUAUGGGCAUGGUUGUUGUCAGAGUUAACAUCACUGGAUUGAAGCCCUUGAACUUUCCAGUUGACGACAAUUUUGAAAUCAUACAGUGAUAAAGCAAUAGUAACUUGCCCAAAUAUGCAUGCCUUCAUGAACACAGCAUUAUUUGUCUUAUCAACCGAGUCAGAUGUGUUUGAUAGCAAACAUUUUCAAUGAGAAUUGAUGAUCAUCGGCAACUUCACAUCUUUUUCUGACAAGUUA